AGAUUAGUAUAUACUUAACGUUCAAACCUCGGCAGGUUAUUCAGUAAUUCUUCAUAUAUAUUUUACUUAUUUGCGAUAUGCUUCAUUCUAAAGACUUGCAAUUCUCAGAAAAUUGAACUAAAAUCAGUCUAAAAGUCUAAACUAACGUAAUCUAGAGUCAAAAAUGUAGCAACCAACUUGGAAAGUAGGAGAAAUUUCAUUUAGAUUAAGGUUGUGUCCCACCGGAUAUGAUAUGACUGACCUGACUGACUGACUACUGGGAAAGCUUGAUGCAUAUUCUAAUUCUUCCCAAAUCUUAGCAGUCAAUCAGUCAAUAGUACUAGUUUAGGACAAGUCAAAGUGGAAAGGAAUCAGGAAUAAUGUUUUAGUGAAUGGUGGGUGGGUCCAUUGAUCCAAGGAUAUAUCCAACCUCAUGAUCUAACAUGGCCUCCCCUUGUAUUUUGGCUUUCUGUUUUCUACUGGAAAGCCCUGGAGAUGAAGAUGAUGACCACUAGACCACUACUACUCCGAUCCCUCACGCAUGCGCCACCACAUGCACGUGUAGUCCGUGUCAAUCACGUCUUUAUCCAUUGAUUAGUAAUAUACGUGCUAGUAGUGUAUGUUGUUAAUCAUAAUCUAAUUAACAUAUAAUGUUAUGUGGUAGAUAGAGACUGGAGUAGAUAAUGAUAAUGUAAACUGGUAUUAGUGUCUUGCUUCUAAACCAAAACUACAAUUAUAAAGCACUUUUCCACUAAUAUUACUGCAGUGAGUAUUUCAAAUCAAUCAUUGCAUAUAUACUACUUGAAUCUUAUAAAUGCUUUGAUUUCAAAUUGGCCCCAUAUCUAUCUGCAAAGGACAGCAGCAUGCUAAUUUGUUUUGGGGAAAUUAUAUCAAACUUGUCACCUUGAGAGUUGGGGUAGGAAAGUCAUUCACAGAUCUGAAAUUUUAGAUCAUUUUUUUUCAUGACAUGACUUUGUUGAACCCCCCUUAAAGGCCAUGCAGCUAAUUAGAUUGAGCACUGCAGUUUCUUUAUACAAGCUAGCUGACUAUAUCUCUCAGAUAAUCAAAGAACUGGUCAGUGAAAACAAAUUCAAUGCCUUCAUUGUGUUUUCUCUGUAGCUAACAGAUCAUAUAAGGCUCUUCGAUCUGCACUUUUCUUUGAUUCUAUAUACUCUGCAAUGUUCAACAACUUAUAGUAGAAUAAAGAUUUCAAAAUUGCUAAACUAUGAAAGAACUGCUGGCUAGGGUAAAUAACUCUACCAAACAAUACCUAACAGUUGAUUUUAUCCGUAAACUUAUUGCUCUACAAUAUUUCAACUUCUAUCUAGCUUCAAAUAAGAUGCUAUAUAUAUAUAUAUAUAUAUAUAUCCCUUUUUUCUAGUGAAUCACCUCAACUUAUCUGCAAAUAAGAUACUAUCCCUAUUAUUACUAUCUAGCUAGAAAUAAGAUGCUAUCCCUUAACUUAUAUACCUGUAAACACUGCACUUUAAGACAUAUAUAUGGUUCUGUACAUAUAUUGGAAAACCUGGUUCACCUAUAAAAGUAGUUACCACAAAACUCAUUGUUUCUGCAUGUUAAAGACAUAUGCUAAACUCUCAUCCGAGCCUAUGGUUACAUAUGCAAAAUACUGAUAAUAAUGUCAUUGCCCUAUCAUUUUUAGAGCAAGUUGCAUGAAUUAUUUAAACUUGAAAAUAAAAAACUGGGUAUAAAUCUGAUAUGAUAACAGUACUGCAGCAAUGUUUUUUUCCAUCUUUUUGUAUCACAUCAAACAUUAUAGUUCUGGAUGGUGAAUUGAUCUUAACCAUACAAUUUAAGCAACUUUAAGAUACCAUAAGAAAGAUGUAUCUCUUUAUGCACACUUGAAAUUCCUGCUUAUGAAAGCAAACUAGAUGUAUAUACUUUAUUUAAAUCAUAUUAUCAUUCCAUGAAGAUGCAAUAAUAGAUUGCUAUGGAUGAGGAUGCCUGUCAGCAAAGCAAGUUCUUGCAGAGGACUUAAUGAUGUGAACUUGGAAGGUUUAACCGUGCUUCGAAAGUCUUAGUUUCUUGAUUAUAUUCCUUGGAUUACGCUACAGUUAGAAUCGAUUCACGCAAUGUGUUGGGCGACACUUUGCCAACAGGCAAUGAUUUUGAUUGAGAAUAAGUUUGCUUCUUCUAGUGAGCGUAGUAUUCUUCAGAGAUCAGCAGAUACCAGCAGAUCAUUGUAUACAUAACAGCUUGAUCCUCCAGUAGCUGUACAUCCUAGGGCAUCAUAACUGUAUGAAUUGUAUAGCUUUCUGUACAUGCAGUUUUCCAUUAGAAAAAUGGAAAGCAAAUGAAUUUAUUAUAAAACCUAAACUACUCUACUUAAAGAGAAGCAUAGCAAGUGGAAACACUAGAAAUGAAUGUGUUUUUGCAAGUUUCUUUGGUACAAUUGAUCCAUACUCAUGUAGUCUAUGACCACUCUAUGAACUUUUCAGAGCUAGAAAGUAGGAUUUAUUAGUAAUCUACAGGUACUAUAGACAGUAGCUUAGAAAUACAAGACAAGGUCCCUAAAAAUAAGGGGUUCAACACUCCAACCUUCAAAAAAAGUAAAACACAGUAACAAUAUGGUAUUAUUCUUAGUAAUAUCAAGCCAUAUGUAAAGGUAUUUUAUUGAUCAGUGAACAUCAAUUCAUUAAAACAUUACUCUAACUCUAGAUUUACUUUUCUAUCAAGGAUUUCCAUUAAGUUUAGUAGGCUUCAAACUUUCAAAGUAGAUUUACUUUUCUGUGAAAUUUUUUUUUGUAUCAGUGAACAUGCAUUAAUAUCAUUGAUUUAUCAACAAGUAUUUAGAAAUGAUAAGAUUCACUGAUAGUUAGGACAGUUUUAGAGAUUAUGUGCUUUUUCUCUCGGUAAAUGUUGAAACUAAAACAAUGCAGCUAUAUCUUCAUACUAAUUUUGAGACAAGGAAAAGGAGAGAGGAAAAAAAAAUCAACUUAUUAUAGCUAUUAUGAUGAAGGGCACAUGCAUUUUUCUUAGCAGCAUUAAUGGUAACUAUAAUGGAGGUCUGCAGUCCUCCUAAAAUGUAGAUAGGUACAAUAGGUAUUGUACUGCAGAUGUACAAAUUAGAAGGCUCAUACCUUCAUAUUAAUGUAUAUAUAUAGCUAGCUUGAAUGAGAAAAUAUCAUCAUGGCUCAUGGAAGAGGGUAUACUAGUGUUCUUGCAGCUUUGAAAGACUUGGAACACACGCAGUAUAGCUUACAAGCAUUGUUUGAAAACUGAAAUCUACCUACUUGGUAUUGGAAAUCAUGAAUCAUCUGUUACUCAACUCUAUUUAAUCCCAGCAAUCCAUGUGAUACUUCAAUAGGAGAAACAAUGGCUAGUGAUUCUCAGUGUUUUUGGGGCCUUUGCCUCUCACUUUCACUAUAUUUUAUUCACUCAAAUUCGACACCUCAUGUGUACAUAGUCUAUUUGGGGCUCAGUCAUAAUAUUCAUGAACCUCACCUGACUUCAGAACACCAUGUUCAGCUCCUUUCCAAAGUUUUUUCCAGUGAAGAGGAUGUUAAACGGUCAAUGCUUUAUAGCUACAAGCAUAGUUUCUCAGGGUUUUCGGCAAAGCUCAAUUCAUCACAAGCAAGCGCCUUGGCCAAGAUGGAAGAAGUGAUAUCGGUUUUCAGAAGUAAGACACUGCAGUUGCACACAACAAGGAGUUGGGACUUCUUGGGCCUUCCCUUGAUCAGCAGCAGUACUAGUACUGCAAGUGCAGCGGCCUCUCCAUUGCAACUAGCAUAUGGCCAAGACGUCAUUGUUGGGGUUUUUGAUACAGGUAUAUGGCCUGAAUCAGAAAGUUUCCGAGAAGAGCCACAUAUGAGGCCUAUCCCCUCAACUUGGAAGGGAAAGUGUGUGAAAGGUGAGAUGUUUGAGCCAGCAAAAGCAUGCAACCGGAAGCUAAUUGGCGCUCGCUACUACCUGGAAGGCUUUGAAGAAGACUAUGGGCCACUAAACAUGAGUGGCAAUCCAGAAUUUCGAUCAGCUAGAGACUUUCUUGGUCACGGGACACACACAGCCUCAACAGCAGUGGGUUCAGUAGUGAAAAACAAUGCAAGUUUCUAUGGUUUUGCAGAGGGCACUGCCCGGGGUGGAGCACCUAAGGCUCGUCUAGCAGUGUACAAAGUUUGUUGGGGACAGAAUUAUAGUAGCAGGUGUACUGGAGCAGACAUACUUGCAGCUUUUGAUGAUGCUUUGCAUGAUGGAGUUCAUGUUAUUUCAGCGUCUAUUGGAUCGAGACCACCACUGAUACCAUUGUUUGAAUCGGAAGGUGCUAUCGGUUCGUUUCAUGCAAUGCAGUUAGGUGUUAGUGUGGUGUUCUCAGCAGGUAACGAAGGGCCAGAUCCAUCACAGGUCACAAAUGUUGCUCCUUGGAGCCUCUGUGUUGCUGCUUCAUCAAUUGAUAGAAUGUUCCCAACCAGGAUUCUCCUAGAUAAUAAGCUCUCUAUCAUGGGAGAGAGCUUAAUUACUACACCUAUUAAAGCAAAAUUGGCAGAUGCGAGCGUAUUCUUUAAUAAUGGGGUUUGCACGUCCAGCAAUUGGAAGAAACCAAAAUCUGCUGAAGGUAGAGUAAUCCUAUGCUUCUCAGCCAUAGGACCGUAUGAUAUUGGUGAGGCUGAAGUGGCUGCCAAGCUAGCCAAUGCAUCAGCUUUGAUAUUUGUAGAACCAAUGUCCAGGGAGAUUGGUGUUGACAUCAUCCCCUCAGUCCAUGUCAACCUUGAGCAAGGGACUCGGAUCUUGAACUAUCUUACUGAAUCUCCCAAGAAGCCUGUUGUGCAGAUAGAAGCAAGUAAAACUAUUAUCGGGAAGUCACUGGCCCCUAGAGUCGCAUACUUCUCUUCAAGAGGCCCAAGCUCACUUACACCUGAUAUUCUCAAGCCAGAUAUAAGUGCUCCAGGGAUGAACAUAUUAGCAGCAUGGCCUAAUCAAACUUCUCCAACUUUGAGACGUGAUGAUAACCGUUCAGUUAACUGGAAUUUUCAGUCAGGAACAUCAAUGUCCUGUCCUCAUGUCUCCGGAGUUGUUGCUCUCAUCAAAUCUGCACACCCAAAUUGGUCUCCUGCAGCCAUUAAAUCUGCUAUCAUGACCACAGCAUACACAAAGGACACGUCAUUUGACACCAUUCUAGCCGAUGGACCCAUGAAAGCCUCCGACCCUUUUGACUUAGGUGCCGGUCACAUAGACCCCAUCAAGGCAAUGGAUCCGGGGCUUGUCUACGACAUGAAAACAAGUGACUAUGUUCAAUUCCUAUGCAACAUUGGCUAUACUGAAGAACAGAUAAACAUGAUUGUUCUUUGCCCUUCAGGAACUGACACAAGCUGUCCACGAGUGCCCAAAUCAAAUGCCAAUGUAAACUACCCAUCAAUCACAGUUUCAAGUCUCCAGUCUGCUGUGACAAUCAAAAGAACCAUGCGUAAUGUGGGCGAGAACAAGAACGCCAUUUAUUUUGGGACCAUUUCUGAGCCUGAUGGAGUGGAGGUAGUGAUAUGGCCUAGAGUUUUGGUAUUCUCCUGGUUCAAGGCGGAAAACACAUAUUAUGUGACGCUCAAACCACAAAAGAAGUCACAAGGAAGAUAUGAUUUUGGAGAGAUCGUUUGGUCUGAUGGCUUCCACAGGGUCAGGAGUCCUUUGGUUGUUUGUGUCAACACUACUCAGGAUUCCAAUGCUUCCAUGAACUUAAGCUACAUGUGAUCAUUGAAGAAGCUGAAACUUCCCAAAUUUCAUGGCUGCUAUGUAAGCCAAGUUUAAUGUUUGAAACAAGUUAUAUAUUUUUGCAUUUGAUUUCUCCUCCAGAAUCAAAGUAAUGCUGGAUAAGACUAUUUUAUUCGGUACGAACCUUCUAUCAGUUCUAUUAAGAGAGAAAUUCAAACGUCC